AUGGAGGUCAGAGCUCUCAGCGUCCGACUGUUGAUGCUUGUGUUGGCUUUGCUGGCUUCACAUGUCCAGAACAGCAAUGCAGCUUUUCGCAUUGUUCCGAACAGACUGCAGAUCUUUCAGUACGAGCGUCUCACUUUCCACUGCGAGGGUCUCGAUGGCUCCAGUCGGCUGAGAGGAAUCAGGAGCACCGAGCGAUUUCUGUCCGAGUGCAACGACACUGGGACGCCGGCAAUGUCUUGCAGCCUUCAAAAAGCCUAUCAAGCAGACAGCAGCGAAUACUGGUGCGAGACUGAAGGAGGAGACAGAAGCAGCAGCGUCAGUAUCACUGUUGCUGCUGGUUCAGUGAUCCUGGACAGUCCCGUCCUGCCCGUCACAGAGGGCGACUGUGUGACUUUACGCUGCCGAAGCCAAAAGACGUCUUUUGAUGUGGCAGCUGAUUUCUACAAAGAUGGACUCCUGGUAGGGAGCAGCUCUGCAGGAGAGAUGGUCCUCCACAGUGUUUCUGGGUCUGAUGAAGGACUCUACAAGUGCAGCAUCUCCAGUGUUGGAGAAUCACCACAGAGCUGGCUGGCUGUCAGAGCUCUUCAAUCCUCUGCAGACCAUUCGACUCGUAUUUAUCUCCUCCUGAGGACCGUGUUCACCAUCGUGAUGGUGGUUCUGCUGCUGCUGCUGGUUGGACUGAUUCACUUUGGGAAACUCAGAGUUUCACAGAAAUGAACUGAUAUUCACACAUGAAGGUAACUGACUGAGAAUCCUGGAAGCAAGUUUGGUCACACGGAAGACUCUAAUGAAGAUUUAAUCUGCUUUAUAGUCACUUUUGCUCUUGUUUAAGUUGCUGUCAAGCGAAAGACGUCUUUGUGAGAUAUAUUUAUACCUGCAGUUGCUUCUGUUCGACUUUCUCAGAAAAGCUCAGAAACCACAGAGGUCGUGACUGACGCAUCAAACUAUUUUGAAAGAGCAGACAUCAGGUUUAUUUCAGUUCUGAUGUUCAGCGUCGAUUCGAGCUUCUCAAACCACACGAGAAGGUCACGUAUGUCUGGUUCAGUCGAAACUACAACGUGUAUAUGAGGACAUGUGACAACAGAUCAUGACGUUUGUGGUUUAAAUGGUCACAGAAGAAGCUUAAACCUGCUGCCGUGUUGCUGCUUCACUGGCUUUGUUCUUUGUGUGUCUCAAAGCAGCAGAAACACUGAAAAUAUACAAUAAAUAGAAUUCUAAUGGAU